ACCGUCUAAAUCAGCAAGCAUCGAAAUCUCCCGAGAUGGCGUCCGAUCAGAGUUUGCGAAUCUAUGAGUCCAGCGAAGCCUUCGUGGAGAAGGAUGGCGACUGGGUAUUCCACUCGACCAAAGUCAUCAUCGAGCAAGGCGGCCAGUACUUCUCUGCCAGCAUUCCCAAGCGACGUCCUCAACUUGCUGCUACCACCGAUCUCGACAGGCUCUGCAAGACUGUAAUACCACCAGAAGACAUUUGGCCGCUAUAUGAACCGGGCAUUUCCAUCCUUACCGGAUCUCCGACUGCCGAACAAUUUUGUAAGAGGCCGAGUCUCAUUCAUUACGGAGAUACUGAAGCAUCCCUCCAUCCUGGAAGGGAGCUUCUAAAGGAAGCCAAGGUCUGCGAGAUCUUGAAGCAGCAACCACAUCCCAAUGUUGCGGCGUAUUUUGGGUGCAUCGUCGAAGGCGGCAGGAUCAAAGGACUUGUUUUUCAGAAGUAUGCGAUGACCCUAUCCCAGAGACUCCGGAUCCCGAAGCCUUUGGAUGGGACCCGCUGCAUACGAGAUAUUGAAGAAGGGCUGCGCCAUUUGCAUUCGUUAGGUUUGAUCCACAAUGACCUGAACCCCAGCAACAUCAUGGUCGACGACAAUGACGGUGUCGUAAUUACUGACUUUGACUCCUGCGAGCACGAAGGUAUGGAGUUGGGUCCCAAGACAUGCACGCCGGGCUGGGAACUCACGUCCAAGCUUGCUGUUCCGGACAAUGACUAUUCGAAUCUAUCGAGACUACGAAACCUCGUGGUUGAUUGUCCGCUCUCUGUUGUGUGUAGUUGAGAUAGCCUAUCCGUUCCUACCCAGUUCCACCGUCCUCGGCAUCAUUCUGGGAGGCGAUGCUCUCGUCACAAGCCCCAUCCUACUGAGGUGCGACAUAGUUGCUUGAGUAUUUGCAGGUCGCCUGCUCGCAAUCCCAGCUCUUAUAUCGGUAGGAGGACCCAUCAGAGCGAUACCCCGUUCUGAAGUCACAGGCAUUGACAAGGACUUGGAUGGGGCCGGAAGCCAUGAUCUGCACCUUGUAAGCAUCUCGUCUUUACCUUAACCCCCCUUCUUCCCUAUAACAGAGAUAAGGCAUACAUAGAUCGCAAACUAAUGAAGAUGAGCUUAACUUGUGGAAGGCUUAUCCGGCAAGGGCGAGAGAUAUAGGUCGUUGGCCAGAACGAAACAGUCGCCGGGUCUCAAGCUAUCAAAUACACCCAGAGGUUAGUUGGCUCCAACAGCACAGUUCCAUCGUUUGGCCAAUCAAGCAAACGGAGAGAUGAGGGGAAACUUGAUGGCGACCAAGAAGUAGCCGCCGCCUUUUGUGCCACAUCGUGCAUGUGUAGCAUUCCCAAAGGAGUGUCGGUAAGGAAGUGAUGCGCCCCGAUGCUCGGUCACAUAGUAGGCGUGUACUACAAACUUGACGACAACUUGUACUAUGUGGGGUGGUUGGUCUAUGCGUGUUUAUGUCGAAGUUAUAGAGUAAGCAUGUUUCGCACCUGCGGACGCGAGUAGAUACUGAU